AUAAUCAAAGGUUUAACAUUCUCGAUCAUCCAUUCAUAGACUAUUGAUGAUUGCAGCAGUUUUUGAAAUUGUGAUCGUGAUUUUUGUGUGAUCGUCGCGUUUGUAGUUUGAUUAUUAAAUACAUUGCGACGGUGUGAUUGUUAUUUUUAUUUCCCACUUUUUUUUUGGUUAUUUCGGAUUUUAUAGUGUAUUUUUAUUUCGACGCGAUGGAGAAUGUGGAUAUUGACACGAAAUUAGGUUCGAUGUCACAGAUUCAAGAAUUUUUCAAAGAUUCGUCGGUUUUUAUAACCGGAGCAACCGGUUUCUUGGGCCACGUUUUGCUUUCCAAACUUCUCCGAUCAUGUCCAGAUAUAAACAAAAUUUACGUCUUACUACGAGAAAAAAGAGGUAAAACGGCGAUAGACAGGUUCAAGGAAAUGAUUGAAGAUGAGGUCUUUCAAGUAAUAAAAUCGGAAUGCCCGGAUAUUCUAUCGAAGGUGACACCUAUUGUUGGAGAUUGCAUAAAACCUGGUUUAGGAUUAAGCGAAGUCGAUAGAGAAUUGAUUAAAAAAGAAGUCAACGUCGUUUUCCAUGUGGCAGCCACCGUCCGAUUCGAUGCUCCUUUACGUCAAGCGGUCAAUAUGAAUAUACGAUCGACCAGCGAUCUCUUGGAUUUGGCUGUAGAUAUGAAAAAUUUAAAGGCUUUCGUCCACGUAUCAACUGCUUUUUCCAAUUGUGCUGAUAGGAAGAUCAUCGAAGAGAAAUUAUACGAGUCACCUAUUUCGUCGGAAAACUUGAUGUUGCUUGUGGAUAAAUUGAGCGACGAAACUCUAGAAAGGAUCACACCUGGACUUUUGGGUACUUAUCCGAAUACCUACGUUUUUACGAAAUGUGUGGCCGAAGAAGUAUGCCGAUCUAAAGGUGCCAAUUUGCCAUUAACCAUCUUCAGACCCGCUAUAGUCAUAUCGUCAGCCAAGGAACCUAUUCCUGGUUGGAUCAACAAUGUAUACGGACCAACUGGCGUAGUCGCAGCAGCAGCUGUAGGAUUACUCAGAUCACUACAUUCGGAUCAAAACUGUAAAGCUAAUGUUGUACCUUGUGAUUAUGUGGUAAAUGCUGCCAUAGCUGCUGCCUGGGGCGUAUCGACAAAAAAUAGAAAUGGCGAAAUUAUUCACGCUAAUGGUGGUAAUGGAUUCAACGAGGAUUCACUGAAAUCAAAAGUAGACGAUUCGAAAAACAUCCCUAUUUACAACUACAGCUGUGAUUUAUUAGAAAAACCUUUCAGCUGGAAGGAAUUUUGCCAAUCGAAUGAAAAACACGAACCAAAAAUGCCAUCUUCUCUAUCGAUAUGGGCUUAUAAUUUAACUUUAAAUAAGAAUAGAUACGUUCAUCAAAUAUGUUGUUUCUUUUUACAUCUUCUUCCUGCUUUCAUUGUCGAUAAUGUUGCCAGAUUGAUCGGUAAAGAACCGAAGUUAAUGGACGCAUACCAAAAACUACAUAAAUUAGCAGAUGUUCUAUCCUACUUCAGCACAAAGGAAUGGGAUAUGAAGACCGAUAAUGUAGUCAACUUAUGGCAAAGACUUUCUAGCAAAGAUAGAGAAUUAUUUAGUUUCGAUAUGAACGAAUUAGAUUGGGCUCAUUAUUGGUACAUACAUUGCGUAGGUAUCAGAAGGUUCAUCUUGAAAGAAGAUCCCACCACCAUACCAGCAGCUCAAAUUAGAAGAAGAAGGUUUUUAAUAGCACAAUACCUGAUGAUCGCCGUGUUCACCUUUUCAUCUUUGUACCUCUCGUUUAACAUAUUAAUCAAACCUAAACUAUCAAAUUAAAGCGAGCAUUUUCGUCACUUUAAUUUACUAACUUAAGAAGACAAAAAGGUGGGAAUUUAUUUAUUUCUACACCUACCUUUUUUUUUUUGAAAAUGACUGAAUUUUGAACCAAUGAUAAUUAUGUAAUGAGAUAUUUCAACGUUUAAUUCCCAUUUUAUAAAUAGGGAGUAACAAAUGAGAUGAACUCAUUGUGCAUAUGCCCUAAUAUAAAAAUGUACCAGUUAAAUUUGUAUUUCUUCGGAGAGUUCGGAGUGUAUUUAUAUGAUGAUGUUUGUGUAGUAUGUAUUUGAUGUAUUGUUGUGUAUAGCUAAUGUACCUACUUGUAUACCUAUAUUUAUAAAUCAACAACGAUGCGAUCGAUGAUCGAUGAAAGAUAAACAUACAAAAAAUGAUAAAAGAUAUCCUAGAUUUAUUAUUGCUUCAACACAACCUCGAUAAUGGUCAACAUUUAUAAGAAAUACUAUAGCAGAAAAAAGUAAUCCUCUAAAACAAUACAAGUAGAAUACAAAUUUAAAUUUAAGGUAACAGUUUAUUUGAAAUAUUUUUUAUAAAUAUAUAUAUUUUUUAAAAUAAUAA